CUGUCAGGAAGUUCUUCCUAAUGUUGAGGUGGAAUCUCUUUUCCUGCAGCUUGGAGACUAAGGAUAGGUUGGCAGAAGAAAAAGAAGCAAGGGAGAUGUGGACAGCUGUAAUGGAGCAGAAAUUAAAAGCUGUGGUAGAAUUACAAGCAAUUAGGCCUAGUAAAUCACACCUGUUAACACAUGAAGCAGAGCAUAUGUAGAAUACUAUCCACACAAUUUCUCACAGCCGAGAAGACUCUUUAAUAAGAGAAGCUGAUGUCAAGGAGUCACAUUUUCAGAAUAGUUUAGGAUUUUGUUUCUUAAAAAACAAUUUCACCUGGAUGCUUUGAGACUUUUGCUCAAAAUGAUAUGAAAUAGUGUAAAUAAAACCUGGAGGGCUACACAGAUUGGAAAACCAGAGUGAUGAUGUAAAUAUACACUAAAGGAUGCCUAAGCAGAGUCUUGGGUGAGCUGAUGCUAGAAACGUGUUCCUUCAGAAAAUGGUUCUUCAGAAGAACAAACUAAUAUAUCAUAAGCAAGAAGAUACAGUUGCAAGAGUCGCGACAUAAAAGAAGGGGAAAUCCCAGUAAAGGGUGGAAAAGGAAUGAGCUACUCCUUUGUUUCUAUUAUUUAUUUGAGUAUAAUUUUGUCAGUUUAUGAUACUAAAUUACAACAAGAAGAUUUGAUGCUUAUCCAGCCUGCCCAAACAUAUCAGGGGUUGUUAGUUUUUACUGCUGCACUUUUUCCAAGAUCAAAAUUUUAUUUUGCUAAUUACAAGAUGUUUCAGGUUUUUCUGCUCCUUCCUCAUUCUUUUUAUUCCUAUCAACUGGAUGCCUUUUUUAAAAACGGUGAUAAUUUUCAGUGCAUCUGUGGGCGAGUGAUGUUCAAUAUGGGUGGGUCUGGUAUCUGGUCCAUUCACCCUCUCUAUGUUUACCAGACAUUCUUCCAUGAUUUCCUCCUGCCCCUGCCCCAUUUUUAUUUUUUUGGCAUCUGUCUGCAGCAUUAUCACUAUAUCAAUAAGAUCCAGUGAUGCUUUUUCUGUCCUGGGAUGAGAUCAUUCUCUACCCACAUAUGAAACCACUCCAAGCAUGUAUAAGAGAUCAUGACCCAGAAUCAUAUGCUCAGCUCUGAAACACCACAAACAACCAGGUUUGUGACAACCCCUAUUUCAUUCUUCCUGACAGACUCUCUCUUUCAUUCCCAUCACACAUGCCUCAUAUUUUAAUUUGUAUGUUUAUAUGAUGUGUCUGUGUGUACAUGGAUAUGUCUGAAGAAAAAUAGACAAGAGAGAGAAAAUUGGGGGAGAGAUGCCUGUCAGCACAGCAAAAACAGCACUGCUGUUAUGCAAUAGAGAGAUUAUUGAAUAACUUCAAAAUGAAAAGGUUUCACUUAGGGCAAAAUGAGGCCGAGAUUCUGCAUUUAAUUUCAUUUUUAAAGAGUGGAUGUAGAAAAGGGAAGAAAGCAACAUGCUGUGACCUGAAAUGGAGCAGUCUGAAUUGACACUACUCCUCAGUCUGGAUGGCUUUUUAAAGAAUGAAAUUGUCUGCUUUUACUUCUGUACCAGCAAAAGGCAGUGAAAUGUUUUUGUUGUAGGAAUUCAAUAAAGUAAUUUCCCCACAAUGCUUGACAAACAGCACUUAUUAGCAGUUGCGUCACGCUAAAAAAAACACAACACUUCCCCAUGCCUUAUGUUCACCAAAAUUCUUGAGUCCGAAGUUCAGAGUAUUUCACUUCCUCCUUCCUGGAAAGGAAACUUUUAUCAGUUGUUUCUAAUUGCUGGGAAAGACUCUUUUUGUUUUGAAUUCAUUUUUGUACAUUUUGUCAUUGGGUCAAGAAUCUGGAAAAAGGCUAAACAUACCCAGAUCCUUAAGUUGCUCCUCAUAGGACCUUUGGUUUCCAGACCUUUCACCACACUCCAGAACAGCAUGGCUAAUUCUGCAGAAGGUCCAAGCAGUGACAUUACUGAACUGGACAUUUCUUAUCUAAAAGCUUCUUACCCUCAUGUUAACUUUGAUUUUGACAUGCUGGCAAAAGAAAUGGAAGAAGAAUACCAACAGAUCCGUAAGGAACUUCAAAGAGGGUUUAACGCUUCAAUGAGAAGUGAAGUCAAAAGGUUGAAAACCUUCCUGUCACAGCCGCCUGGCAACUCUGCAUCAGCCUGGUCUCCCGUAGAGAUGGCUGCUGCAGGUUUCUAUCACACUGGCAUUAAGACAGCAAUACAGUGCUUUUGCUGUGGGUUAGUUUUGCUUGCAAGAAGCAUCAAACGAUCUCCUUGUGCAGAACACAAGAAAUAUUGGCCUCAGUGUGGAUUUAUUUUGGGGAAAGAGGUGGGUAACAUCCCUAAGUAUGAGAUUAGAGUUCAAAAUCCCAGGAACAGUUAUUCAGAAGUCAAAAUCAGUUACAAAGAGUUGGAGUCAAGACUUCAGUCCUUUGCUGGCUGGCCAUCAUAUGUCAGAGAAACGCUGCCUGUUCUACUAGCUAAAGCUGGAUUUUUCUUUACAGGUAUAAAAGACACAGUUCAGUGCUUCACCUGCAGUGGAUGUUUGGGGAAUUGGGAAGAAGGUGAUGAUCCUUGGAAAGAACAUGCAAAGUGGUUCCCUGAAUGUGAGUUUCUUCAAAGCGAGAAGUCAAGAGAUGAAAUUAAAGAGUACAUUCAAAAUUAUUGUGGAUUCGUUGGCAUUACGGGAAAGCAUUUUGCAGCAUCCUCAGGGAAGAUAUUGGCCUCUAAUACAGGGGAUUUAGAACCUGCUAUAAACAUCUAUGAAGAUGAAGACGUCAGGCUGGACACUUUUAAAACUUGGCCAGAGGAAGCAAAAGUAGAUGCUACUUCUUUGGCCAAAGCAGGAUUUUUCUUCACAGGAAAGAAAGACAUUGUACAGUGUUUUUCCUGCACUGGAUGUCUCAGUGACUGGAAGGAAAAUGAUGACCCUUGGGAAGAACACGCUAAAGCUUUUCCUCAUUGUAAUCAAUCUGAUCCAGGAAGGAGUACAUCACUGGAGAAAUCACAAAGGGAGGCUGAAUUGGAGUCAUGGCAUGAAAAGCAAAUAGACUGCAAAGACAAAUUGGGAGAUACAGAAGCUCUCAGUUCUGCAGUGAAUAACAUGGCCUUUGAGGAACCUGAAUGGCUUCAAGAACAGCUUAGAAGGGCAUACAGUGAUAUUCAUUUCAGGAAAACGUUUCCAUUUGGGGAUUCUGCCCAUUUUGCUAUUGAUCUGAAGAUGCUCUUUGGGGACUUAGCCAUUGUUUCCAAGAAUAUCAAUAACCUGCCUCUGCAGCAGCUCACGCUGCCUGAGGUUCUUGAAAGUUUUCAGUCCAUUACAGUUGUAGAAGGAGAGGCAGGCAGUGGAAAGACUGCAUUGCUUCGAAAGAUAGCCAUUCUUUGGGCCUCUGGGCACUGUCCCAUACUCAGCAGAUACAAGCUUGUAUUUUAUCUGUCCUUGAAUUAUCAAGACCGUGAUCAGAGUCUAGUGGACCUUAUUUGCAACCAGGUGGUAGGCCUUAGAAGAUUAUUAACAAAAGAGUCCCUGGAGAAUUUGUGUCAGCAUUUGACAAAUGAAGUUCUCUUCCUGUUAGACGAUUAUGAUGAAAUGAAUUCAGUUCCUUGUGACAUUGAAGACUUGAUUCAAAAGAAUUACUUAAAGAAACACUGUUUAAUUAUUGCAGUUCGCACAAACAGGGUUAGGAGAAUCCGCCAGUAUGCAAACACUAUUCUUGGUAUCACAGAGUUUCCAGUGACAAGCACCCUCUAUCUGUUAAGGAAUUUAUUUUCACAUAACAAUUCCCUUGUAGAAGACUUUUACAUUCAACUGCGAGUAGAAGAAACAAUGCAUUCCAUGUUCAAAACUCCCCUUUUUGUUGUGGCCCUUGGGACAUAUUGGACUCAGUAUCCUAAUGGCAAUAUAUUCCUAGGUCUGGUCAUUUUAAAAGCCUACAUGUUGUACACAUCACUGAAAUAUCCUCAGGAGAGUGAUCGUAUAAAAUCUGCAGUAUCUGCCUGUGGUGAACUUGCUUUACAAGGUCUCUUCAAAUCCCUCUUUGAAUUCAGUGAAGAUGACCUCUCUGAAGUUGGGGUGAAUGGAGAUGAUGCUCUCUGCUUUGGUCUACUGAGUAAAUUCACUGCCCAGCGGCUUUGGCCAAUUUACAAAUUCAUUCAUCUUUCAUUCCAAGAAUUUCUUGCAGGUCUAAGGAUGAGUGAGCUCCUAAGUUCAGAUGUACAGGCGGAUGUGGACAAAGGGCUGCAGUAUUUGCAGCAAAUCAACACAUUUGUGAAAAUCAGCGGCCGCUACCAGUACAUUUUGAGAUAUGCCUGUGGUGAAGCUUCCAAAGCAGUACCCAAAAUAAUUUCCCACAUACUCCAUUUGCCCAGUUGUGAGAAAUCAUUUGAAAGCCAGAUAGAAAAUGAUGUUUAUCUACAGCAGACUCCAAAAGUACAGCUGAUGCAACAGCAGCUCUUGAGUGCCACCUUAACCUUGCUCCCAGAGAUUUAUCUUUCAAAAUUCACUGAUGUUGUACUGAAACUUGCAACUGAACUAGCUUAUCAAAGCAAUAUGGUGCCAGCUUGUGCCCCUAUCAUCUUACAGUUCCUUACUGGAAAAAAGUUUCCCUUAGCUCGCUUUGCUUCUAAAGAUGGGUCCAUCAGUCACUUCUUUCUGGACUAUCCAGAUAGUUUGUUCUUACCAAGCAGAUUUGAGGAAUGUCUUAUUGGCAAAGAAAGAAACACUGAUCUGUCUCUAGCAGAAAGAUGUUAUUCCAAUCUUGGGACUCCAGUUGUUGACCAAGAAUAUGCUUCUGCUUUUAGGCCCUUCAGUGAGGUUUCCAAGCAAAUAAAAGAAGAUGAAGAUACUGUUAAUAGCAUUAGGACAUUUAUCCCCAGACGUCUUCCGGAUUCAGUAAUAGCUCCAUUUCUCCAUAAGAAAGGCCAAGAAAAGAUCCCACAUUUAAAAUUUUCUGUCAGUUACAUAAAUUCAUUUCAGGCUCAUGACUUGAAGAAUUUAGCUGUGCUUUUCUCUGUUUUUGAUCAUAUUGACUUGAGGCUGAAUGAUUGCAAAAGUCUUCUGGAGAGUAUUAAACCAGCAGUUGAACAAAAUCUGGAGAAUUUUAAAACAUGUAGCAUACAUAAUACUGACUUGAGUUUAAUAGAAGAGAACCUCCUUCUUUCAAUAUCUUCACUUGAAUCCCUUGAAAUUAUGGGAAAGGCAUCAAUACCAGAAACUCUCUUCUCAAAUUUGGACAAAUAUACAUUCUUGAAGGAAUUGUCAGUGGAUCUUGAUUGUCAAAAUCUGUUUGACCUAAUCCCUGAAGGCUUCAAAAAUCUUUGUGACAUGGAGAAAUUCCUCAUCUGCCACGUUCACUUUCAAAGCAGUUCUCCCAGACUCGCUGAAUUCAUACGGAAGUUUAAAAAACUCUCUGUUUUUCAUCUGAAGCAUUCUGAUUUUUCCGAUCUGGGGGUUCUCAUGGAUGCCAUGUCUUCUUGUAAGAUGCUGACAGAAUUAGAUUUCACUGGAUUGCCUUUCAGAAAUGAAGACCUGUUCUCCCUUACUACUGCUUUGCCAAAUUUUGCUGCACUGAAAGUACUUAAUCUCACCAGGCUGAAUUUUAUCAGCAAGGAAGCUGGCAUAGCACUGGGAGAAGCUCUGGCUACUCUUGGGAAUUUAGAAGAACUUGUUUUACCCAUUGGAGAAGGAAUAAGUCAUGCAGCUAAACUUAUUGUUCAGCAAUGCUCCCAUUUUCCAAAUCUCCGAAUGAUGCAUUUUAAUGAGUCUUUAAGUGGUGAAGGCCUCUUGGAAAUAGCAAAAGUAGCAGCUGGUGGUGGUUUCCAAAAGCUUGAAAUCUUGCACCUCAUGGUGAAUCACAGCAUUCCAGAAGAUUUUUGGAGAAGAUUCUUUGAAACAUUGCCCAGUUUGCCAAAAUUACACAAGGUGGACUUCAGUCGCAUUUUCACACAUCAAAUCAAAUGCCAGGCAGCAACUGUGAAGUCUUUUGUCCAGUGUGUCUCUAGACUUCACAGCCUGAAGACAAUUAGCAUGAUAGGUUGGUUGUUUGAUGAGAAGGACCUCCAAAUGUUUAAUGUCAUGAAGGAACAACAUCCACAAUCUAAACAUUUAAACUUAACUUGGAGAUGGGUGUUGCCUGUAUCACCAAUUAUAAAUGCAUAAAGAAAAAGAAAGGGAUCUUACUGUGUAGUUGUUGUUAGCUGCUUUCAAGUUGAUCUCAACUCAUGGUGAACCUAUGAAUGAGAUGUCUCCAAGCCCCCCUAUCCUCUACUUCUCUGCUC